GUUCCGGCAUCCGUCUUUAGGUCGACCACCGCAAUGGAGAGCCUAGCGUGAUGGCCAGGAAACUUACCAUCAACAAAUUUGGGAAGGUUAUUAAUCCCAUCAGGCAUGCAAUAGCAUUCGAAGGACGUUGGGGGCGACCGCCCACCACCAAGACCUUCAUUGCUGAACAAAUCCGUAAGGUGGACCUUCGGCCUGUGAAAGCUGUCAACGUUCGCUUCGAUCCAUUCCACCCCAAUGCGCAAGCCGUGAGGGAGUUCAUGUUCAUUACAUCCUUCCCCAAGAUAAGGAAGACGAACUUGAAGUGCACCUUCAAAUGUGAUGUUGUGAAUGACAGAUCUGAGCCCAGCAUAUUCAUUGAUUUUGAAAACAAGCAGAAGUGUAUCUUCAAAGCAGGCAGUUUGAACAUUUUGGACAUACUGCAAAAUUAUAACAAAGUUGUGGAGCCAAUACUCCAAAAAUACCAAGAGGACCAGCCAAAGCCUUUUGAAGUGAAGGUAGAACGCAAAAGGAGACGCUGAGAAAAAUGAAGAAACAUGUAUCACAGGACAAGUUACAAGUCUCACAUCAAGUAGCUUGGAAUCUUUAUGAUAAUCUCCCAGCUUUCGAGGAUGUCUUUGAUGAAGACACCUUCUAUGUGUUUGCCACCUUUUUCACCAUUGCUACAAUUAUCAUGGCUGUUAUGUUAUCCCGAUUCAUCAAGCUACGGCCCAUAGAUUAAUCUUGCCACUGUUAUUGUGCUCUUCUGCUAGCAGUGGGAUGACCCUUGGAGACUCCAUUCCUAGUCAGCAUAAUUGAGGGAUAUGUGCCAUAAUUGUGUCUUCUUGUGUAAUAAAGAAUGAUGCAGAUUUUUAUUAUG